AUGGCCACACCGCCGAAUAACGGAGCCUCUGCAAAGUCCAGCAACCCGCUCAAGCGAGUUGAUCUCGACGGACAUGACCUCCCUCCAUCCCCCGCGCCUUCCAGCCCUCGCAAUGGUCGCCGCCGAUAUGCUCUCGCCACCGAGCUGGUCUACACCGAGAGCAAUGAUCAGUACGGUGCUUCUAGCAUUCCCAUCUAUCAGUCUGCCACGUUCAAGCAGACCAGUGCCAACGGUGGAAAUGAAUACGAUUACACCAGGUCGGGCAAUCCGACACGUACUCAUCUGGAGCGCCACUUGGCCAAAAUAAUGAAUGCAACGAGGGCUCUUGCCGUUGGCUCCGGCAUGGGUGCUCUGGAUGUCAUUACCCGUCUGUUGCGACCAGGUGACGAAGUCAUCACGGGCGACGAUCUGUACGGAGGCACCAACCGCCUGCUCACGUACCUUUCGUCGAAUCAGGAUAUCAUCGUGCACCAUGUCGACACCACUGAUGUUGACUCUGUCCGCCACGUCAUCUCUGAAAAGACUGCCAUGGUUCUUCUUGAGACGCCGACGAACCCUCUUAUCAAGAUUGUCGACAUCCCUUCCAUUGCCAAACUUGUUCACGACGCCAACGACAAGGCUCUGGUUGUUGUGGACAACACCAUGCUCUCGCCGAUGCUGUUUAACCCACUCGACAUUGGCGCCGAUAUCGUAUAUGAGUCAGGCACAAAGUACUUGUCUGGUCACCACGACAUCAUGGCUGGUGUUAUUGGCGUAAACGACUCUGACAUCGGCAACAAGUUGUAUUUCACCAUUAACGCUACAGGCUGCGGCCUUUCGCCGAACGACUCGUUUCUGCUGAUGAGAGGAAUCAAGACACUCGCCAUUCGCAUGGAAAAGCAACAGGCCAACGCUCAACAGAUAGCCGAGUUCCUCGAGUCGCAUGGUUUCAAAGUACGGUAUCCCGGACUUAAAUCCCACCCUCAAUACGACCUUCAUUGGUCUAUGGCACGUGGUGCUGGUGCUGUCUUGUCCUUUGAGACAGGCGAUCCGGCGCUUUCGGAGAGAAUUGUCGAAGCUGCUAAGCUGUACAGUAUCAGCGUGAGCUUUGGCUGCGUCAACAGUCUAAUCAGCAUGCCCUGUCAGAUGAGCCAUGCGAGCAUCGAUGCCAAGACCCGAAAGGAGAGGCAGAUGCCAGAGGACCUCAUCCGGCUAUGUGUGGGUAUUGAAGAUGUCACCGACUUGAUCGAAGAUCUUUCCAGAGCCCUUGUUCAGGCUGGGGCAGUCAAUGUGACUUUGGAUGGCUUUCAUGCGACUCAGUCCGUCCAGCAAUCCGGAGAGGUUGCCUCAGAGAGAGGGGCAUAG